CUGGUGCCCGUUUUCACCGCAGCUCACCGGCAUGAACCGAAUUGCGUGUAAAUUGAGCUUGAAGGGAGGGGGGCCAAGCUGUGAAAAUAUCCUGUGGUCAUCAGCCUGUAUUUUUGAGCUGGAUGGAAAUCAGGCAUCGAGGUCACCAAAGUGAAAAUAUUGCAGAGAUUAACAGACAGUUAGCAGAGAAACUUGGCAUUACAGAUGGAGAACAGGAACUGCACGCUUCCUCCCUUGAAAAACAUCUUCUUGACCAGAUUCGAAUAGUAUUUCCAAAAGCCAUCUUUCCUGUAUGGGUUGAACAGCACACUCACAUUUACAUCAAAAUCGGUACGCUUAUGCCAGCAGCCCCCUAUGGGAGAUUAGAGCCUUGCACGGAGCUUCUGAUACUUCCCAAAACACGCGAACUUGAGGAAAAUAUCACCAGCACGCCUUCCACAGAAAGUGACGUCUUGCUCAAAAGUUUUGUGAAAAAUAACAUGGAGCAAGAAGAAACAGUAAAGGAUCCUUUUGCCAAACAACCUUACUUAAAGCCAGGAGUCCUUGAACAGAGUAAGGCUGAUGCAAACAUGACAUUUGGCUCAAAUGUUCUCCCAAAUAUAUGGAAUUUCAUAGGGAGGAUUUUCUCUCAUACGUCUGAGCAGAAACGAAAGACUGUGUGUGAUAAAGAUGAAAUGAGCAUCUUCAAAGACAAGCUGCUGAACUUAAUUCACAUGGAUUCCAUUUUUAGAGUAUGUCAGUCCCAGCCUCCCAGCGUACAGAAUGCAUCCGCCACUCACGAAUUUCUGAAAUGCAAUGCUAUUCAUGUUUUUCCAUGGAAUUUAGAAUUUAUUGAUUUGGAUCCAAAUCCUGUAGUAUCUUAUGGGAAAAUUAAUGAGCUGCUUUCCCCAAGACAGCGUCAUCAAGAAGCAAAGCAAAAUCUGCCAUUUGAAAAGCAAAAGGAUUUGACUAGUACACAAGACAAAAGUCAUUCUAAUUCUAAUAGCAGUCAAGCAUCCAGUGAGGGAUCUGUUGUUCAAAUCGUUUGGAACGGAUUCGAAGACCUAAAGAGUGUCAUAGAGUAUGGCCACAGUGGGGAAGCCCUACAUGUUGGAAGAGUUUGGAUUCCAGAUGGUAUGAGAAAAAAACUACGUAUUGAAAUGCAUUCAACAGUCCGAAUUAAGUCAGUUGAAUCUAUUCCUAAAAUGCCUGUAUCUCUUAGACUGCAACCCAAACAGAACUUACAUAAAGAUAUACAUGAAGAUGAUGUUAAAUCUGCUUUCAGUUCUUGGCUGCAGGAUUCUGCUACUGAUGAUCUCCCGUGGAUAAUGACAAGCACAGACUCUAUACAUCUGUCUCUUAACGAAGGAAUGGAGGAGUUUUUCCUUAGUGUAGUGCAUCCUACGCACAUUGAAGAAAAUAAGUCUGAGAAUAUUUUUAUACUGAGUCCCAGUUUGCUGCAAAAGACUAAUAUACAAGUUCUUUUACAUCCCCUAACUAGAGAAGCUGAUGGUGACAGCCAGCCUCCUAUGUGUGAUACAGACAGGAACCUUCCUUUCCACAAACUAAACGAUUUAGGAGGGGUGGACAAAUUAGGAACAUCUUCCUUUGAACACAUAAGCCACAGUCUUCUGGGACGUCCUUUAUCUCAAAAGCUGGCUGCUGUUGCUGUGGGACUGCGAAGCGGAGGGGUGCUUCUCACAGGAGGAAAGGGAAGUGGAAAGUCAACAUUAGCAAAGGCCAUCUGCAAAGAAGCAUUCGAUAGACUGGAUGCUCAUGUAGAAGUAAUUGAUUGUAAAGCUUUAAGAGGAAAAAGAUCAGUAAACAUAAGGAAAAACGUGGAAGAAGCUUUUUUAGAGGCAGCCUGGAGACAACCAUCCAUUCUUUUGAUGGAUGAUCUUGAUUACAUUGUUGGAGUACCUUCUACACCAGAGCAUGAGAACAGCCCUGAAACCAUUCAAAGCAAUAGACUUGCUUAUGUUUUGAAAGAUCUGAUAAAAGAAGUUAUUUCCAUGGGGAGUUUGAUUGCAUUAAUUGCCACAAGUCAGUCUGAACAUUCCCUACAUCCUUCCCUGGUUUCAGCUCAAGGAACUCACAUAUUUCAGUGCUUCAAAUGUAUCCGAUCUCCAGAUCAGAAGCAAAGAUAUGAAAUUCUAUAUUCCAUAAUAAAAAACAAACUGAAUUCUGAUAUGAAGAAGCUUUCUGAUCUUGACCUCCAAUGUAUUGCAAAGGAAACAGAAGGUUUUGUUGCUAGAGAUUUUACUAUGCUGGUUGAUCGUGCCAUUCAUGCCUGUGUUUCCAACCAGAAUGCAUUUCAAAAUGGCGAACUGAAUCUGUCAACUGUGGAUUUUCAGAAAGCUCUAAAAGAUUUUACUCCAUUAGCUCUGACAAAUGUUAACCUUCAUAAACCAAAGGAUAUUAGCUGGGACAGGAUUGGUGGCUUAAAAGAUGUGAAGCAAAUACUCAUGGAUACCAUCAUGUUACCUGCAAAGUAUCCAGAAUUAUUUGCAAACCUGCCCAUACGACAGAGAUCAGGAGUCUUGCUGUAUGGAGCACCCGGAACAGGAAAAACACUGUUAGCAGGGGUAGUUGCUCGAGAGAGUGGAAUGAAUUUCAUCAGCAUCAAGGGACCAGAGCUGCUCAGCAAAUACAUUGGAGCAAGUGAGCAAGCAGUUCGAGAUAUCUUUAACAGAGCUCAGGCAGCUAAGCCUUGUAUCGUUUUUUUUGAUGAGUUUGAUUCUAUUGCUCCUCGCCGAGGUCAUGACAACACAGGAGUUACAGACCGAGUGGUUAACCAACUGUUGACUCAGUUAGAUGGUGUGGAAGGCUUACAAGGGGUUUAUGUCCUAGCUGCUACUAGCCGCCCAGAUUUGAUUGACCCUGCUUUGUUAAGGCCAGGUCGACUGGAUAAGUGCCUGUACUGCCCACCUCCUGAUCAGAAUUCACGCUAUGAAAUCUUAAAAGCUCUCAGUCAUUCUCUGUCCUUGGCCAAUGAUGUGGACUUUCAGGAUUUGGCAGCAAAAACAGAACGGUUCACAGGAGCUGACCUAAAAGCUUUAUUGUACAAUGCCCAGUUAGAGGCAAUCCAUACUAAUUUAGGUUCAGGUUUAACACAGGAUUUUGGUUCUAGUUCUGAUAGUGACUUCAGUCUCUCUUCCAUGGUUUUUCUAAACCACAGCAGUGGCUCAGAUGACUCGGCAAUAGAUGGAGAAACAGGGCUAGAGCAAUCUCUUAUUUCUUUAGACAUGUCUGACUUGCUUCCUGAAGAUCCAAGGUCCAACAUGUAUCGUCUUUAUUUUGGAAGCUCUUACGAAUCAGAGCUGGGAAAUGGAACUCCUUCAGAACUGAGUUCUUUGUGUUUGUCUGGACCAAACUCCAUAACUCACGAUUUUACCAGCGUGACUCAGAGAGACACAGCAUCAUCACAACCUUCAAUGCUUCGAACAGCUUCUCAAGAAGACUCCCUAGAAAAUAACCAGGACCAGGAAGUAGAGCACCUGAGGACAGAAAUCAAUGCUAUCAAAGCCAAUUACAGAAGCAAGAAUGGAGAGGACAGCACCCUUAAUCAGUCAGUGCCUGCCAAGAACACUUUAAUUAUUACCCAGUCCCAUCUGAUGACCGCACUUGAGGGUAUAAGACCAUCCAUUAGUCAAGAUGACUGGAAGAAUUUUACUGAACUGGGAAUAUCAAGUUGCAUUUCACAACUGUAUCUUCUUCUCCCCAUCUUCUUGGAGACCAUUCAAAAACAUAUCUGGUGUUUGGAAGCUUUCCAAUGUUACACUCUGAAAUUAUUCCCAACUGCUGUCUUACAUGAAGAUUGUUAAAGAGUAGUCUUCCUCAGCUGAUGCGUAGGUAAGCAAGUCUUAACAGAAGGGGCAGGAAAUGAAGAAAACUAGAGCUGUUUCCCAUGAGUCCAUACCACCCUUUCACAGCAUUUUGCCAAUACUGGGGCGCUUUGCUUGGUUGGUUUUUCACUAAUCCUCCUUCCCUACUAUUUACCUUCCUGAGGUAAUUAGAAAACAUGCAUUUUUAAUUUUUGUGGUGGUCUUUCAUAGCCGUUAUGUGCCUUUGCACACCUUUAUUGCUUUGGACCAUUGGGCACCAUUGCCCUUUCUGUGAUCAGAUGGGAUGUCCAGGCUUCCUCUGAUCACUUCUGGAGGUGCCUUCCUCAAGCCACUCCUAAAUGUCUGAUUAUACAGUCCCACUACGUGUUCCAACUUUUAGUUCAGGCAUCGACGUGUAUCAUGCUAUGUCCAUAAUUAGAAGACCACAUCAUACUGACCGUAUGAUUGUCUACUUGUAGUUUCUAUUCCCAGUGCCAGCAAAUAACCCAAAGAAUGCAUGAGUUGUAUGUUUAUUCCUGCAGCCUGGUUCCGGUGAAGCCUGUACAGGCUACAGGCCUUGAUACACUACAAGUCUCAGCUUGUAGCAGUUAAUACCCCUGAUUUUCUCAUUUAUUGCUUGUCACUCAUGCUUAACUCCUGCUUCAGUAGAUUUUGAAACUGAAAGCCCUUAUUGUGUUACUACAAAGCUCUGCUAUUGUCAAUACCACUAUGUCAUUAACACCAUACUUGUUUUUUAAAUGUGGUAUGUGUUUGUUUAGCAUCAGAGCUGUACCCUAGCUUGCCUCUGACCUUGAGUUCAUCUUUUGUAUAGAACAGUGUCAUUUCUUGCCUUGUUCACCUUGUUUUAAAUGCCUGUAGAGAUGACUAUGAAUAGGGGUUGAACAGACAAGCAAAUUUUCUGCGAAGGAGCAAGUCACUCCCUGGGAGGUGCUCUGUGGUAACGUACACUUACACUGUAGUAAAUGUAAGGUACUCUGAAAAAAUUUAUCUUUUAAUGGAAGAGGAGCAAAAAAACAUGGGUUUUGUUAAUGAAGUGCAGCAGCUGGCAAGCCGUAAUGAGUUACUCUGCUUUGGUUUUGUGUCAAAACUCAAAAACUUCAUGGUUUGUUUUUUUUUUUUAAUUUCCUUUUCCAGGUCCAGUAAUUCAUUCUGGGCAUUUCUGGCCUUCAGGAUGUAGUUUAUUUGUUUAUUGGUUUCUUGUCAUCUUUUUUCAAUGUUUUUUCAUCCAGUGACAUUUCAAGCUCAUUUAAAAUACCUUUUUUCUCUUCUUUGAGCUUCAAAUUCCAGAUAGUUUUCAUCUCUAACCUAAGGAAAAGUUACAUUACCUUCUAUUCAAAUACUUGCAUUUGAAACUUCAGCCCAGUUAAUUUCAUUGAUUACUUCCUCUAGUUUCUCAGGUAACUCUAGGAGCUUUUAACUUAUUUUUCCACCUACUGGCUUAAUGAUUUUUCGGUCAAAGGUUCUUUUCUACAAGUAGCACUUUUAUAAGAAGGUGAUCUUCUAGUUCUUUCCUUGCCAAAAUUGUUUAAAGUACUUUGUGGUUUAUUACCUCUUUUCUGUUUGGUAAAGAAAUCUUCACGUAUUACAAAAGCAUCCAGAUUAGCCCAAAUUAGUAGUAGUGUCUGUUCUUUAACUUACAUCUAGAUAACAGAUGUACCAGAUUCAUUAAAAAUGGAAAUGAUUUAACAUUCCUAAUUAUGAUAAUCUCAUAAUGUACUGAUACUUAAAUCUAAAAGGACCAGUCAGAGGCCAAUUGUAAUUAAAACAGGGACAGUAUGAUAACCUGUGGAAUUAUCUUCAUACUUGGAAUAAUUUAAUUAGAAUACUAUACUUCAAUGCCAAGUAUAUUGUAAAGUUAAAAAGGAAAGCAAGCUUGCAUUAGGCUGUAUGUUGAGGUCCUGUCAGCCCACAACCAAGAUCAGAUGCUAUACUGUUGUGGAAAAUGUUCCUAAGCCCCAGGAAGCCAAAGCUGCUUUCCACAUCUGCACUCUUUCUUUCUACAUGCAAGGAAUUUCACCAGUGUGCUGAGCUAACUCAGCAGGGGGGGGCAUGUGUGUAUAUAUACACACAUAACACACAUACACCCCCUAUAGAGAGACCCUUGACUAUCGCCGUGGGUAAUAUCGUUUGAUCCAAGGAAGUCGGCCACUGUUAAUAACCAGUUGCUUUUAGAUGAUCUUCAGUUACAUUCUGAAUUAUAUUAACAUCCCAUCUUAAAAGGUAGUAGAGUAUCUAAACGAGGCCUGUCUAAGAUCUGUGACGCAGGCCUACAAGUCCGAUGUACAGGGAGCAUAAAACCUGGAGCUAAGCGGGGGAUAAUCCCUGCUAUGCAAGCCUUGUGCAAGAAACGUCAGCUGGCCUGCGGAGGCUGUUUCACAAGGCCCAGUAUUAAGAAGAUCGCCAGGAGUGAGAAGGGACCAGUAACAAAGCCUGUUCCACGUUCUACAGGGCAGCAGAGGUUUAGCUGCAAUGGGCCAUGAACAUCCCACAGGCGGCCAAACAGCGGCUGCCCUGUUUGAGCCUUUUGACUGCUGUUUUCCAGUCCCCUCCAUCAAGUCAAGAACCGAGGAAACACUGCAUGAACCAGUGACCUAAAGACGGACAAAUUCUGUGCCUCCCUACUAGCUCAUCUGUCAUUCCUACCUCUCUUAAGCGACACCGAUGUCAGUUUUUCUGGCUAAAUAUUACGGCCCGUGGGAGAGGUUGGUAACCUGGGGUAGCUUUUUCCUUUCACUCCUGUUGCCACCAACAUUGUCAGCUGUCACUGACAUUUCCUCAACCAGUCUUCCCCUGGAGCCAAGGGACUUCUGAAGAGACAAGUCUUAAAUAUAGAUGUAAACACUCACCCUGUUUCUAACAUGCAAGGGCUCAUUUCACUUUGUUAAUAAGAACUCCAUUUCCACUACUAUCCCAUACUUUUUCUUAAAAAAAUAUUUAGGCAGCUUUUACUCUCAAAAUUAUCUAUGUUUGAAGCUAUCUUCUUGCCGCUGUGUAGCUGUUAAAUUUUUCAAACACUGCCUUGGAAAAAUGUACCUGUUCUGAAGCGACCCACAAUUCUGGAUUGAGUCUGUUGA